AUGUUUUACCAGCGAUCAACGACUAAGUGGCGUUGGCUUACCGAUGACAACGAUGGCAUUGCCUAUCUGCAACAGGACAAUGCUCGUGUCCACGUUGCCGCCGAUGACCCUGCAGUGAAUCAGGCUGCUCAGAACCCAUCGUUUUCAAUCCAAUUCCGAAACCAACCUGCACAAAGCCCAGAUCUAAAUGUGUUAGAUUUGGGCUUUUUCAACUCAAUUCAAGCGUUGCAACAGACCAUGGAAUGCCAGACGAUCGAUGACCUGGUGCAUGCUGUGGAGAAGUCGUACCACGACUUGUCUCCGAAAACGUUGGGAAAGUCGUUCUGUACCCUGCAGCGCGUCAUGCAAGCCGUCGUCGAAGCAAAUGGUGACAAUAUUUACAAGAUCCCUCGAAGUAAAGAUAAAGAUGACGACAUGGCUACGUUGGAGCAGUUGGACCGGCGAAUUGAAGAAGAGAGCCGUCUGGACGAAUUGAGUGAGCUUGUCAACAUCAUUGAGGUCUAA